CCGGCCGCACCCGCGCCCUCCACUCUUCUCUCGAACAAUACUUCCAUGGAGUCCGGGAUCGAAGCAGGAGUGCUUCCCACAGUCACGGGUUCCCUUGCUUCGGCUAGGGAUUCGCUGGGCUCGCUGUCCCGUGCCGCGGAGCCGCUUUAUGACACGGAUCACACGGACCUCGGUUCGGAAUUGGACGAGGCGGAGAUCCGAAGGGAGUUGAUGCAUGACAAAUGGCGACUUUUGUUUGACCGAUUCGACCCGGAAGGUUUCGGUGAGAUUCCGUGGCCUGAUUUCUUGCAAACUCUUCAACAUCCAGAUUUCGUAGCUCAGGUGCCUGGUCAUAAGCGAGAAAUACUAUUAGACAAAGCCCGUAGUGCGACAAGCAACGCCAUCACCUUUCAAGAGUUUAUAAAUGUGGUGAGUUAG